GUCUACUUUGUUAACAAAAAUACACUUCUCUCGCGAUUGUUUAUCAGUCAAGACUUUAUCAGUUACAUACUCCAUUGCAAGUUCUGUUUACAUUGACGUAACAUGAUUUGGAGUAUUUUACUGAUAGUAGUUGUUGCGAGCGCCGCAGAGAGAAAUACGUUUGUUAAUAGUGCAAAUUCGAAUAAAAUAAUGGCUGUGAAAUUACCAAACUUAAUGAAGGCAGUUGGUCUUUACAAAUACUUACCGAUUUCUGAUGUGAACAGUCUUGUAGAUAUAGAAGUGAAAUUGCCGAGUCUCGGAAAAACGGACGUUCUGGUAGAGGUAAAAGCCACAAGUGUAAACCCGAUAGACACAAAGCAAAGAGCCCCAAAGCCCAAUAUAGAAACCACGCCACGAAUUUUGGGCUGGGAUGGAGCCGGUGUAGUAGUCGCUAAGGGAGAAAACGCAAGUAUACACAACAUAGGCGACGAAGUGUUUUUUAUCGGAGACUUGAGGAAGAAUGGUUCUAACGCUCAAUACGUUGCCUUAGAUGAAAUUCUGGUAGGGCCGAAACCAAAGAAUUUCACAUUUGAGCAAGCUGCUGCCAUGCCGCUCACAACAGUGACCGCUUUCGAAUGCAUCUACGAUAGAAUGUUAAUAUCGGAAAAAGAUAAGGGCAAGUCAAUACUGGUUAUAAAUAGUGCAGGCGGCGUGGGAUCUAUAGCUACUCAGUUACUCAAAAAUAUUGGCCUUAAAGUGAUUGGAACUGCGUCACGUCCAGAAAGCGAAGAGUAUACGAGAAAACAUGGAGCAGAAAUCGUCCUAAACCAUACCAAGGACUUAGAAGAGCAACUAAAGUCAAUAGGAUAUGGAGCAGGCGUUGAUUUUAUUUUGGUGAACUACGAUCCCUUUCCAUAUUGGAACACCUUGAUGAAAGUAGUUAAGCCUCAAGGUAAAAUUGCUCUCAUUGUUGACAGUAGCGGUCUGGUUGACCUAAGGCCUUUGAAAGAUAAGAGUAUAACAUUAGUCAGUGAGAUGAUGCUUACAAAGUUGAAAUAUAAUACUGAAGACCAGUUCAGAUACCAAGAAAUUUUAAAAACGGUAUCAAAAAUGUUUGGCGAAGGAAAUCUGAAUUGCACACUCACAAAGACAAUGUCACCGAUCAAUGCUGCUAAUUUGCGGGAAGCUCAUAGGAUCAUUGAAGAAAAGAAGAUGUUAGGAAAACUAGUCUUAUCUGGAUUUUAGAAUUCUCAAACUAAGUAAUUCACUCAUAAUAAAUUUUCAUGUAAUAGACUCUUCUGACUAAUAGUAUUAAAUAAAUUACUUGCAGAUGGUUUAAUAAGUGUAA